UUCAAAGUGACCUUGUCCUGACCUUAACGACGCCAUUCGAGGUCAAACCAAUGAUAACAUCUUAUGUUUCUCUCGAAAUUCCAAAACUUUUGUCUGAGACAUUUUUCCCUAAAAUGCACUGUUCAAGAGAUAUUUGAGGUGAUCGAUUAAAAUGGGAGACCCUGUAUAUAUAUUUUCUUAUUUAAUUAUUAUAAAUUUUUUUAUUGCGCGUAUAUGUAUGUUUAUGUCAUACAUUAAUGUUAAUUACAUUAUUUCUAGAGUACUUUCAAUAUAUGGAAAUACAAUAUUUCAAAUGUAUGGGACAUUAGACAAGUUAGCAUAUAAUGACGAAUGCAUGCCAAAAUAUAUCGAACUAAAGCAUCGUCUAGAUGUAACCAGAGUGGAAUUGUUAGAUCUUUACCGAAUUAUUGUUUAUGAACCUAUAUCAAAUAUCGAAAAAAAAAUAAAUGCUAUAACAGAAGAUGAGGUAAAAAAUUGUAUAGAUCAAUAUUUAAAUUCAUUGAUGAAUACUAUAUCUGAAAAGGAAUUUAUUAUGGAUUAUCAUAACUUUUAUCCAAUUGAUCACGAUCUUAAAGUUGUAUCAAAACUUUAUCCUGAUAUUGAUACAAUAAAUAGCAAUUAUAUCUUAAACUCACUACAUGCAUCAAUCGGAUACACUAAGAUGUCACCUAAUGUACUUUCCAAAGGUAUUUAUGCAGGUCUAAGCGACAUUCAAAAUGACCAGCGAGACGAAUGUUGUAAUGAUAUCAAUUAUAUGAAUAAAGAAAUAAAAGCUAUUUCGAAUGACAAAUUAAUGUCUUAUAUCUCCAAAGUAAAAGAAAUCUUAUGUGGUUACAAUGAAGAUUUCAUACAGAUAUGUUUAAAGCAUUAUAAUAAUGAUGUUGAAUCUGUGAUAAAUGCAGUUCUGGAAAACACUUUACCACCAAAUUUGGAAAAAUUAAAUGAGACAUUACUAUACGUACCACCAGAUUUCAUGGAACCACUAAUUGCUGUAGAUUCAGCUAUUAAUACUCAAAGAUUAAAUAUUUUCAACAACACACACACACACGAUGAAUUCGAUGUCCCAGCGAAAAUUUAUAGGAGAAAAAAAAAAGAAAAAUAUAAGGAUGCAAAUGAAAUGUUAAAUGACAAAUCUGAAAUUGACAAAUCCAUUUAUGAAAAAUAUAGUAUUAUAGAUGAAGUGGAUGAUUACGAUGAUGAAUAUGACGAUACAUAUGACAGCCAUAAUGUUCGAAGUAGCGUGCCAGAUACUACAGAAAUAGAUUUUAGACCUUUCACUACCCCAAGAAUUUUGUGCACAAAUGAUAAAUAUGAUGCUAAUUUCGAAGAUGACAUAGAAAUUGAAAAUGAGAAGUCAGUACAAAAUAUUGAUCACUUUAUACAAAAUCCAGUGAAUUUGCGUGCUAGAACAGAACAACGAAAACAAUCAACAAAAGGAGAUAAAAAUUCACAAAAUGUAGUCGGUAAAUCUAAAGGUCAAGAGCAAGAUAAAUAUAUGCCUACGAAAGAACACAAAAAAACAUGUAAGAGAGAGGGCAAUCAAAACCGUCAUACGGCUUCUCAAAUAAAAAGAAAACAAGGAAUGACUUCAUCUUCCAAACUGGAAUCUUAAAACUUAUAUUUAUGAACAUGUACUUAACACUUAUGAAUGUGAAAAUUAGAUAACGUAUAAUGCAAUAAAUUAAUAAUUAAUAAA